GGGGACACGUGGUUUCGAGGAGUUUUCUAGAAGCUGCGCGUGAGGCAGACGGACAGCGAGCGCCAUGAGUUACCUGGUCAGCACCGCCGCUCAGCGCCUGGCCGCCGGCAGAAGUUGUUGGAAUGGAUUAUGUCAAGAUGUAUUCCGAACUGCGGCAAAGCGUCACUAUGCGUCUGAAUCCAUUAAAGGUGCGGUUAUUGGAAUUGAUCUGGGCACAACAAAUUCCUGUGUAGCUGUAAUGGAAGGGAAACAGUCAAGGGUACUUGAGAACUCUGAAGGGGCCAGAACAACCCCCUCCGUAGUGGCCUUCAUGGCUGAUGGUGAGCGUUUAGUUGGAAUGCCAGCGAAACGACAGUCAGUCACAAAUCCUCAAAACACCUUUUACGCUACAAAACGUCUGAUUGGACGGCGGUUUGAUGACGCUGAAGUACAGAAAGAUCUCAAAAAUGUUCCAUUUAAAAUCGUUCGUGCUUCUAAUGGUGAUGCCUGGGUGGAGGCUCACGGCAAGAUGUACUCUCCAAGCCAAGUUGGGGCUUUUGUUCUGAUUAAGAUGAAGGAAACAGCAGAAAACUACCUGGGACACCCUGUGAAGAAUGCAGUUGUCACAGUGCCUGCAUAUUUCAAUGAUUCUCAAAGACAGGCUACAAAAGAUGCUGGGCAGAUCUCUGGGUUAAAUGUUUUACGGGUCAUCAAUGAGCCCACUGCGGCAGCUCUGGCAUAUGGAUUGGACAAGAGUGAAGACAAAGUCAUUGCUGUCUAUGAUCUAGGUGGUGGUACCUUUGAUAUUUCUGUGCUGGAGAUUCAGAAAGGAGUCUUUGAGGUAAAAUCAACCAAUGGCGAUACCUUUUUGGGAGGUGAGGACUUUGAUCAGGAAUUGCUCAAGCACAUCAUCAAGGAAUUCAGGAGGGAGUCGGGUGUGGAUCUAACUAAGGACAAUAUGGCACUGCAGCGAGUGAGAGAAGCAGCAGAGAAGGCAAAGUGUGAAUUAUCUUCAUCCCUCCAGACUGAUAUUAACCUGCCUUAUCUGACAAUGGAUGCCUCUGGCCCAAAGCAUUUGAACAUGAAAAUUACUCGCUCGCAGUUUGAGAAUAUUGUUGGUGACCUUGUCAAAAGGACUGUUGCACCAUGCAAAAAGGCCCUGCAAGAUGCUGAAGUCAGCAAGGGUGAUAUUGGGGAGGUCCUCCUUGUGGGUGGAAUGACACGGAUGCCAAAGGUCCAGGCAACUGUGCAGGACCUGUUUGGUCGUACUCCCAGUAGGGCUGUGAACCCAGAUGAAGCGGUUGCCAUUGGUGCUGCAAUACAGGGCGGUGUGCUUGCUGGUGACGUCACAGAUGUGUUAUUGCUUGAUGUUACACCUCUGUCACUGGGUAUCGAGACCCUGGGAGGCGUGUUCACAAAACUCAUCAACAGGAAUACCACCAUUCCAACAAAGAAAGGCCAGGUCUUCUCUACAGCUGCUGAUGGACAGACACAGGUUGAGAUCAAAGUGUUCCAGGGAGAACGCGAGAUGGCAACAGACAAUAAGCUUCUAGGACAGUUCACAUUGAUUGGACUUCCUCCAGCCCCUCGUGGCGUUCCACAGAUAGAAGUUACUUUUGAUAUUGAUGCCAAUGGUAUUGUCCAUGUUUCUGCAAGAGAUAAAGGCACUGGGCGAGAACAGCAGAUUGUAAUCCAGUCUUCUGGUGGGUUAAGCAAGGACGACAUUGAGAACAUGAUCAAAAAUGCAGAGAAAUAUGCCGAAGCAGACCGAAGGAGAAAGGAAAGUGUAGAAGCAGUCAAUAAUGCUGAAGGAAUUAUUCAUGACACAGAAUCCAAGAUGGAAGAAUUCAAGGAUCAGCUUCCAAAGGAGGAGUGUGACAAACUGAAAACAGAGAUUACAAAGGUGAAGGAAUUGCUGGCUCGUAAGGAUUCGGAGACAGGUGAAACCAUCAAAGCAGCAGCAUCCGAACUACAACAGGCAUCGCUUAAGCUCUUUGAAAUGGCAUACAAGAAGAUGGCAUCUGAGAGAGAGGGUUCAGGCAGCACGGACAGCACAGAAGGUGGAGACAAGAAGGAGGAGAAGCAAUAAAACCACAGUAAUUCCUUCAAUGGACUGGAGAAGAGACAGAUGCUUGGGAGCGACAGAAAUGGAAGAGAACUUUUCCUGAGCGGAUUUGCACGAUAUUCAUUUUCAUACUGUGUUUUUGCAGUAUACUAUAUAUAGUUUCCCUUUAUUCCCUUUAUUAAGUAAAAGUAUCGGCGUUUUAACAAAUCUAUAUGGUUUGUUUCAUUCCUAUGUUCAGAAAUUUGCCCAGCAUAAUAGCUGGUGUUUCUGUGGGUCAGGCAUCAUAGCAGUCUGUUGCAAAUAAACUUCACUCAAUCAUUUAGAUUUGCAGCCAAAUCUUUGUAAUUACCAAGUGGGGUGAAUUGCUUGUUCUGGGGAGAAAGUCAGUUGGAAAGAGGUUCUGGAAAAAGACUUAAUUUUGUUGAUGUAAUUUUGUCUAUAAAGAAAAACACAGGAACAGAAAUCUUAGAAACAUUACCCAGAAUUUUGCAGUUCACUUGUGAACUAAAACUGAGGAUAUUGGAUAUAAAAAAGAACAAUUGUUCAUAGUUCUGGCAGCAAUGUUAUGUUGCCAUUAUAGACAGGGUAACAGCUUGCAUAAAAGGUGAUACACUGAUAUUGGGGUCAUGGGAUACUGUGGUAACAGUAGCAACUUUAUGAUUUUUCCCAUCGUAAGCACAGAACAAACAGUUUGGGAACAGUGCCCAAAGUCAUUCUUGUUGCUUGAUUGUAGAUGACACCUUCUACUUGGCAUGCAGUUUUAUGGGGGUGACUUGGUGGCUUCUGUCAUCAUAAAUUUCCUUUUAUCAACUGCAGUCCACUUUGCAUUUUAAUGGAAGGGCAGGAUAGGCUUGGGAAAUGAGACCUUGGAAACUGUUUAGUUCAUUAAAGACCAGGUUUGUCUCAGACCAAAGCUCCAUUCUUAUUUGAGUACUUAUUGGUGUUUGAAAUGCUUGUAAAAAUGCAGGCACAUUUGGUUAGUUCAGUUUGUGAUACCGUAAAACUAAGACCACUUAAGUUCUUAACUGUCCUCUCAAUUCGUGCGCAGUUUGGAGGUAAUCAAGAUUUGGCUAGCUUCAAUUUUAGUCUGAUAAUAAAUUAUGUUGGUAUGGAGGGCAUUCCUCUGGUCGUCUUGCUGCCAUUAAUGGGUUUGUGGUGAAUGAAACCAAAAUUCCACAGAGAACACUGAUGAUUGCAGCAUUGUGAUUUUUUAAAAAAUAAAAUUUGAUGGUAAAUGA